AGGUGUUUAUGACACUACUUUACCAAUGAUGAAUCGAUCAGUUCGUCUAACAGUUUUUAUUCAGAUAUAUAGACCAAGUUUGGUAUCCGUUAAGUUUGAAGCGAAAAUCUCACCAUUAGGUAAGAAUUCUACAGUGAAUUUUUGUGAGAGCCAACUCAUAGCAUUUGCAGGUCCUAAUUUGGCUGCGAAAAGUAACUUAACAUCAAAGGAUACCUCAGUGGUGAAUCAAGCUGAAAAGUUACAAUUCUUUAAUCUUCAACUGAGUAUUCUGCCUUCUACGACAGCACGUUAUAGUAUUUAUAUAACUAAUACUGGUAAACUAAAUACGGAACAAUGUUCCGUGGAUUACUUGUUAACAGAAAAUAAUUCAACUAAGAAAAUUUUCAUAAGGGAGGACAAACUUUACGUGUUUACUUUAACAAACUUGUGUCAAUAAUUUUAAAGCACGAAUAACAGUAGAAUUUCUGAUGCUUGAUCAUUGACUUCGGUAUGAUUGUAUUUGAAUCAUUUAUAUUACUUAUCACUUUAUAUUGAGAUACCUCAAGUCAAUAAACAAGUAAAUGGUAG